AUGUUAUCCUCUUUACGACGAGUGUUCCGCUCCAAGACUGCUCCAGUUCGUGUUGAUAAGACACCAAUUUCUGAGCAACCGCCAAGGCUUUUGCCACGAGAUCGAACAGUUCACUUGUACUCUGGUAUAAAAGUCUUGCAUAGUUCUACAGAUGAUGAUGUUGAUGUUGUUUUUGUUCAUGGGCUUAAAGGAGAUUGUCUAAAAACAUGGACAGGCAAAGGCUCAAAUGAACCAUGGCCAAAGACGCUCCUACCUAUUGAGCUGGGCACUGCUCGUAUUCUUACCUACUCUUAUGAUGCAAUUGUUGUCAGCAAGGAUGAUGUUCCGUCACUAAAUAGAAUAUCCAACCAUGCGUCUAAUCUUGUGGCGGCUCUUGCGUCGCUUCGACAAGGUGAUAACACAAACGAAAGGCCCAUUGUAUUUGUUUGUCAUAGUCUGGGUGGACUUGUUUGUCAAGAUGCACUUGUAGGAGCAAGACAACGAUCCGAGCAACACAUACAAGACAUUGCAAACUUCACCCGAGGAGUCAUUUUUCUCGGAACCCCACACCACGGAUCGAGUCUCGCCAAGAUGGGAGAGCUGGUUUCCCGCUCUGUUGGAUUGAUCAAAGAUACCAACAGCGAUAUUGUUCAGGUUCUUACACCAGACUCUGAAGUACUAGCUCGCAUCAACGACAGCUUUCAAGCUCUCGUCAUAAAACGCAGCAGGAAUGAGUCCAACACGAUAGAAAUCACCUGUUUCUACGAGGAAUUGCCCAAGAAGGGAGUGGGAUUGGUCGUCCCAAAGCAUUCCGCAAUACUACCCGGAUAUAUCUCGAUUGGCAUCCACAAGAAUCAUUCAGAUAUGACCAAGUUCAAUACGGCAGAUGAACCUGGUUUCGUCGCUAUAUGUGGUGAGCUGAAGCGUUGGAUAAACCAGAUACGACGGUCGCAGGGCAAGUUUCGGAAGCAAAACCAUGCAGCACAUUGUCUUGUGCCAUACUCCUAUAAUCCGGAUUUCAUUGGAAGGUCAGGGACCCUCGAGGUGCUGAAGAGCCAGCUAGGCCAUACAGGCACUGGCACCGAGAGCCAAGCACAUCGAAGAGCCGCACUACAUGGCCUUGGCGGAGUCGGGAAAACUCAGAUUGCACUAGCUUAUUCGCGCUGGCUACAAGAUUUCUCUAAAAACACAUCAGUCUUUUGGGUUCAUGCCAGUAGUGCUGAACGAUUCUCAGAGGCGUAUACUAAGAUUGCUAGAGCGUGCAAGAUUCCUGGCCAUGACGACCCGAGUUUUGACGCUUUAUCUGUAGUCAAGGAUUGGCUUGAGAGUGAUGAAAGCGGACAGUGGAUGAUGGUUGUUGAUAAUGCUGACGAUAUGCAGCUGUUCUUCCCACAACCAGCUGAUUCGCCUCAGUCCGAGUCCGAUGAAGAAAAUGACAGCCUUGCGGAAUUCAUACCAGAGUGUGUCCAUGGCACUGUCCUUAUCACAACUAGGAACAUGCAAGUGGGAUCAAGGCUAUUGAAGGGAAAGCGUCCUAUUGAAGUGGGCAAAAUGGACGAGUACGAGGCGACUCAGCUCUUGCGACAAAGAGUACACCAAGGAGACGAGUCUCUGAAGACACUUCUACAACUCUCAUCUAGACUGGAAUUCCUGCCACUAGCCCUUGUCCAAGCAGCUGCUUUCAUACAGGAAAACUGCAUCUCAGUCGACGAAUACCUGGAACUCCUUAACGGGAGUGAGGAUGAUCUCAUACAGCUGCUGGAUGAAGAGUUCGAGGCAGUAGGCAGAGACUCGGAUACUCCUCGCGCUGUUGCACAAACCUGGAUGCUGUCUUUCCAGAAAAUUGAGAAACAAUACCCCUUCGCCGCCGAAUUGCUAUCAUUGAUGAGCUUGUUCGAUCGGCAAGCUAUACCUAUCGAGUUUCUCGAGUUCUAUGGCGAAGGCAAGAAGCGCGCAGAGUCAAAUAUUAGGAUGCAACUUAUCAAAUCACUUGGAGUUCUCAAAGCAUUCUGCUUUAUUCGCGCUGAGAUAGGUGGUGAUCACAAUAUGCAUCGUCUUGUGCAGCUGGUGACGCGAACCUGGAUGUCUAGGAAGGGUAAAGCGGCUGGGUUCGCUAAGGAAGCUGUGCAAGCAGUCUCGGAGUUCUACCCGUACGCCGACUUUGAGGAACUCUCGACAUGCACCGCAUAUCUUGCACAUGCAUAUUCAGUGCUUAGCACUCAGACGACAGAGUCAGACGAGGAUAAGCUCCUCAGGGCAUCGCUCCUUCACAGAGUUGCAUCCUUCUUCCUCUUUCAGGGUCGAUUGUCGGAAGCAGAGAAAUUGCAAAGAGAGGGACUCCUGAUUCGAAAGGCUUUACUUGGAGAAGAUCACGCAGAGACUCUAGUUCUUACCACAGAUCUUGCGUCGUCCCUUAGGAAACAAGGUGAAUGGAAAGAAGCGGAAAAGCUUGAUGUAUUCAUCGUCGAAACAUGGAAGCGACUCAGAGGCGAAGAAAACCACAAGACCCUUGAUUCCAUGGACAAUCUUGCCUUGACUUAUCGCGAACUAGGCAAGACGGAAGAAUCUAAGAAAUUAUACACUCACGUUUUUGAGGUUAGGAAACGUGUACUUGGACCAGAUCACAUCGACACGAUCUUUGCAAUGGAUAACGUCGCACUAUUCGAAGAUGAAGACGCAGAAACAAUGCAAAGAAGAGCGGUAGAAGCCUACGUCAGAAACUACGGCGAGGAGCAUCCCGAUACACUUCUCAGCAAAAGCAACCUAGCCAAGACGGUCUUGAGACAAGGCGAGGUGGGCGAAGCUGAGGCGAUCCAAACAAAGGUUCUGGAAGUCAGCAAAAGAGUAUUCGGGGAAGAACACCCAGUCACUUUGACGAGCAUGUGUAAUCUUGGUUCUACGUGGACAUCUAUGGGAAAGAUGUCAAUGGAUACAAGACACUUGUAUCCGGAUGUGGAUAUGUUUGGGGAUGCGAGGAAGCUGCUUCAGGAGUGCGUUCUACUGCGGACGAAGCUACUUGGAGCUGAUCAUUUUGAAACUCUGGAGGCAAGUCAAUGUCUAAAGGAAUGUGAAGAAGCAAUAGAAGAGAUCGACCGGCUUGAUAAAAGUGCGAAGGCGGUUGAUGUAAAUAAUCAGGUGGAAUUUUAG